AUGACGAUGAGACGAGCGAAAGAUGACGGCGAAGCGGUUCGAAAUCAAAUCAACCUGAUCGACGAGACGACGUCGAAGCGAUUCUACGUCGACGCCGCGACGCCGUGCGAGGCGAAUGGGACGAUGGUGAUCACGCGCGAUGUGAUCGACCCCGCGAGGGCGAUUCACUUGAGAGAUUUGAGCGAUCGCGAGGUGGUUUUGGAGGGCGACGCGUCGUGCGCCAAGGCGUUCGUCGAGCGAUGCGCGCGGACGAGGUUGGUGAUUAAAGGGCGCGUUGUGAGCGAGAGCGUGGAGGUUUGGGGGUGUGAGGGGGUGGAAAUAAUAUGUGAGAGCGCUAUCGCGACGACGCAGGUCGAUGACGCGACUGAGGUGACGGUGAGACAUCCCGCGAGACGCGCGCUCGGAGCCGUCGUGUUCGCCACGAGUCGAGACGUCGGCGUGGCGUUCGAUGACGAAGGUGGGGUCGUUCAGCGGUUGGACGACCACGGGCUCGCCCCGGGGGAUCACAGAGAGAUUCCACAGUUUAUAUCGCGCAUCGUCAACGGUGAAAUCAUGACCGAGCGAUUGAUAAGGGGUAAGGACGAGUACCCGACGACGGAGCGCGAGCUCCGAGCCUCGCUCGGAGCCUCGCUCGCAAACGAGCACUUGGAUACCGCUCCGGCUCGCGCCGAGCUCAGAAAAGACCGAGGUAACGUCGCAUUCAAGGAGGGUAACGUCGCUCAGGCCGCCGUGCACUACACCGAGGCGCUGGACCUCGAUCCGUCCCACGUCGUCGCCCUGUGCAACCGCGCGCAGUGCUUUUUAAAGCUCGGCGAGCACGAGAAAGCCCUCGCGGACGCCGAGCGAGCGAUCGAGGUGAAAUCCGACUACGUCAAGGCCCACUUCCGCAGAGGUCUGGCCUUACACGCCUUGGAGCGCUUCACCGACGCCGUGCACGCGUUCGAACGAGCUUUAGCCCUCGAUCCGAAGAACGUCCAAGCCAAGGACGCGCUUCGCGUCGCCGAGUACGCCGUCGUUCGAUCACGACGCGAGACCCGCACGUAG